UAACUUUGUUGGCAAUUUGUAUUGGAAAUUUGUUAUUCAUAGUUUUAAAUAUUUAUUUGCGAUUUCCGCUAAAAUGGCGCAUCCUCUGGAUGGUCAGCAGCGGACCCGCAAAUAUCCCUUUGUGAAUAUGCGAAUUUCGGACCACACAAUACUGGAUACCAUCGAGGGACGCCACAAUUGCAGACUUUGCAAUCGUUCCCGGAAGUUUUUCUGCUAUAGUUGCUAUAUCCCAGUUGGAGAAUUGGAGGAGUUACUGCCACGUCUCGAGUUACCCCUGAAAAUAGAUAUCAUCAAGCACAAAAAGGAAAUAGAUGGCAAAAGUUCGGCGGUACAUGCGGCUGUUUUGGCGCCGGAACACGUGAGGAUCUAUACUUUCCCGGAUAUCCCAGAUUACCGGGAGGAGCCCGGCGUGGUUCUAAUCUUUCCCAGUGCCACCGCCUUGACGGUUCCCCAGCUUUUCGAGCGGAAUGUCCAGCUGCAGAUAGGCGAUAACUAUGGACUGCCAAAGGGCCAUCAUAUGGGCACCAUGCUGAGGAGGAGAAUGGACGAGGUGGAGGUGCAGGAACCCCAUGCAGGUGAUCAGGAAUCGCCCAAGAAAACCUGGACCCUAGAUAACCUGCCCAUCCGUCGAGCUGUUUUCAUAGACAGCACUUGGAACCAAAGUCGUGGGAUCUACGCAGAUGAAAGGAUUCGGAGUCUAAGAACCGUGGUCCUGCAAAACCGGCUAUCCCAAUUUUGGCGCCAUCAACGGGGCAGUCCACGUUGGUACUUGGCCACCAUUGAGGCCAUCCAUCAGUUCCUCCUGGAAGUGCACAUUAAUGCGUGGGGUCUGAACUGCGGCUAUAGGGGAUUGGACAAUCUGGAGAUCACAGAAGGCUUCCAUCAACUGGCAGCACCCUUAAAGAUAGACACCUCCAUCGAGGAUGUGGGUAGGAUGUCACCCUACAACGGACAAUAUGACAAUCUCCUGUUUUUCUUCGCCAACAUGUACGAUCUCAUCCACAAGUACUACGAUCAUAACGAUUUGAUAUCCUACCGACGUCCCAUUUAGGUUUUUAAGUGUAUAUUAUAUUGGAUAGUGAGAAAUACACGUUACUGUUGGCUACGA